AUGAAAACUCUCUUCAUACCGAAAGAAGAAACCCAUUUCUACGCCGAGUCUUGUUCAGUUUCUAGCGUUUUCCAUUGCUUCACACAGGUUAGGAAGAAGAAGAAGAAGAAGCAUAUUGAAGAGAUACGAAGGAGAAAAUUCUCUAUUGGCGGGAAACCAAACCCUUUGAUUGAAGAUCUUCAUCAAGCUGUUAAGAAUCUCUCUGCUGAACUUUAUACCACUGAUAUGCUCAUUUCCUCAUGGAGCUCAUUCAGGCACUAUCUUGUAUACUACCUAGAUCUGUUUGAUAAAAUUUUCAUCUUGAAUAUCAGGAUCAGGAAUAUUGUUAAGACUUUUAAGCAUACUGAUUGGUUUCCUUAUUUCUAUUCCACCAUUGCUUUACUUGUACAGAAUGCUGAAGAUAACCAAUAUCUUGUAAGAGUGAAUCCUACAUUGGAGUUCAUCAUAACUUCAACUGACAUAGCGGCUACUGGCGCUGCAGCCACGUUACUCAUUUUUAACAAUGAAAAGGGUUUCUCUCGCCAAAACAUCGAGUCAAUCUGCAGUGUUGGACAGUCAACAAAAAAAGGCAAUCGGAGUAGCGGUUACAUAGGCGAAAAAGGAAUUGGUUUCAAGAGUGUGUUUCUGGUUACUGCUCAGCCUUAUAUUUUUAGCAAUGGAUAUCAGAUAAGCUUCAAUGAGAAUCCUUGUCCACAAUGCAGUCUUGGGUAUAUAGUUCCUGAAUGGGUUGAGGAGAAGCCAACCCGCCUUCUUGACAUAAAGCAGAUAUAUGGUAAAGAUUCCCUUCCAACUACAACACUUGUCUUACCUCUGAAGGCGGACAAGAUAAAUUCUGUGAAACAGCAGCUCUCAAGCAUUCACCCAGAAAUUUUAUCGUUCCUUUCAAAGAUCAGAGACUUUUCUGUCAGAGAAGAUAAUGAGGACCCCAAAAUGGAAUCUGUAACUACUGUAUCUAUUUCAAGCGAGAUUAACUCUGCGGCAAAAAAAAACUUGAAUGCUGAGUCUUACACUAUCCAUUUAUCUGCGGGGGAAAAUGGUAAUGAUGAAAAAGUAUGCAGCUACUACAUGUGAAAGCAAAAGUUUCCUGUCAAGUUGGAAAAUGUGGUGGAAAGGAGAAUGG